AUGGAUCCUCAAGCCCCAUCUGAUCCAAGCCAGGUGAAGAUAACCACCCUAAAGUCCGGCGCACCCAAUGGAGACAAAUUAAACUCGCUUUUGCUAGGCCCAAAGGGCUUGAAUUUGCUAGCCGAUGUAGCCUAUUUGGAGGAGAAUGCGCAUUUUAAUCGCGAGCGCAUCCCCGAACGAGUUGUGCAUGCGAAAGGAGCUGCAGCCUUAGGUAAAUUCGUUGUCACCAACACUGAGAUAACUAAAUACUGCCAGGCUAGCUUGUUCAAUGAAAUCGGCAAGACGACUCCUGUUGUGGCUCGUUUUUCCCAUGUAACUGGCGAAUCUGGUAUUUCUGAUACAGCUCGCGAUGUUCGCGGGUUUGCGGUCAAGUUUCGAACGGAGCAGGGCAAUUGGGACAUUGUUGGAAACAAUCUACCUGUAUUCUUCAUCAGGGAUCCAAUCAAUUUUCCCUCAUUCAUUCAUUCGCAAAAGAGAAAUCCGCAAACUCAUCUGCGCGACCCAAACGCAUUCUGGGACUUUGUAUCACUUUUACCAGAAACUUUGCACACUAUUUUGAUGUUGUUUAGUGAUCGCGGCACUCCUGAUGGAUUCAGGCAUAUGCACGGCUUCGGCGUCAAUACCUUCAAGCUUGUGGGCGCCAACCCGCAAAGGGCAAGUUAUGCGAAAUUUCAUUGGAUUUGUGAUCAAGGAAUCAGAAAUUUAGAUGCCAUGACAGCUGUCAAUUUGGCCGGCGAGGAUCCCGAUUAUUCAUUGCGCGACUUGUUUGUCAACAUUGAGCGAGGCAAUUUUCCUAGUUGGACUCUAAAAUUUCAAGUUAUUAGCUUAGAUGAUGCAUCCAAAGUGGAUUUCAACAUUUUUGAUGAUACCAAAACUUGGCCGCAUGCCAAAUUUCCGCUCAUCGAAAUUGGCAAAAUGACUCUAAACAAGAACGUAGAUAAUUAUUUUGCCCAGGUGGAACAGUUGGCCUUCUCUCCGGCAAACAUGGUGCUCGGCAUACAGCCAUCGCCCGAUAAAAUGCUAACGGGCCGCAUCUUUGCUUACACAGACGCGCAGCGCUACAGGCUGGGCGCCAACUUUUACGAUCUGCCCUGCAAUAAACCGCUCUGUCCCGUUAUGGCGCCCACCUAUUGCGACGGAGUGACCUUUAUGAGCAACUUGCCCGGCUCGCUGCCAAAUUAUGUGCCCAGCAUCAAGUACAAUAAUCUCAGCUUGCGCAACGAGCUCUAUUUGGAGCAUCCGCAACACUUUUCCGGCCAAGUUGGACGCUACGAUCUGAGCAAGGACGACAACUACUCGCAACCGAGAAUUCUCGUAACAAAGGUUCUAAACAAAGAAAAACGAGCUAUAUUGGUCUCAAACAUAGCUGAUCACUUAAAGUUGGUGACCAUGAGAGAAAUAACAGGAAAAGUAUUGAUGCACUUCAGAGAGAUAGAUGCCGAAUUUGCAUCUGCAAUUGAAUCAGCAAUGAAGGCGACACCGGUUCAGUGA